UAUUAUAAACCAAAAAUUGUAUAAGUAAAAUAAACUCAAUAACUGAGUACUGAGCAACGUAGUCAAAAGUGCUCAACCAGAAUUUCUUUCAGAAAACUGUCCGAAAGAGAUAAAAGUACACAACAUUUUGUAACCUCAACGGGUGUUUAAAUAAUCACGAGAAUUCUAGAAAAUUCCACUUGGACGCCAACGUGAGUCGACGGAUUCCGCUAAAGCAAGCACUGCCGGACCAGGAUCGCACCCACCUUGCCCUGCAUUUCAUACAACCACAGCCAGUUAUCCGGAUUUAGCGAUGGCCAAGUGGGGAGAAGGAGAUCCGCGCUGGAUUGUGGAAGAGCGCCCCGACGCCACCAACGUGAACAACUGGCACUGGACGGAAAAGAACGCCACGCCCUGGUCCAAGGACCGCCUGCACCAACUGUUCCAGGAUUUCAAAAUAGGCCACAGCGACAUCGAGUGCGCCGUGGACUCCGUGGACAAGUGCUCCGGCGAGGCAACCGUCAACAACCGGAAGGGCAAGCUCAUCUUCUUCUACGAGUGGGAGCUGGUGCUCAAGUGGUCCGGCAAGCUGCUCAAGAACAGCAACCUGAGCCACAAGGGUAAGCUGACCAUACCCAAUCUCUCCGAGGAGAACGACCUCGCGGACGUGGAGAUCACGGUGACCAUCGACGAGUCCAACGACGAGUCGGAGGCUCUCAAGCAGUUCAUGUACAACGUGGGCCGCGACCGUGUGCGCCUGCAGCUGGGGGCCUACAUCCGCGAGCUGAAGGAGGAGUACUCCAAGAACCUGAUCCUACCAAAGAAGGGCGAAGAUGCUGCGGCGGGAAUCCCGGUGGCGAAUGCCAACAACGCCCGGAAUGUCGCCCAAAAGGCCGCUUCGAACACCUCGGUGCCGGCGCCCAAAGCCAACAACUCGGGCGUCGGCUGCAAGCUGGACGUGCGGACCCUCUCCAUGACCGAGGAGUUCCACUGCAGCGCCAACGAUCUGUACAACGCCCUCACAAAGCCGGAGAUGGUCACCGCUUUCACGCGGGCCCCCGCCAAAGUCGAUGCCGUACGCGGCGGAGAAUUCAUCCUUUAUGGCGGCAAUGUGCUGGGAAAGUUCGAGGAGCUCGUGCCUGAGAAAAAGAUCCAGCAGAGCUGGCGUCUGAAAAAUUGGUCAUCUGGUCACUACUCGAAUGUUGUAAUAGAGCUGGAGGAAACUUCGUCCAGCACAAUGAUGUCGCUUAAGCAGACCGGGAUUCCCGCCUCCGAAUACGAUGCGAUGAAGACUAACUGGUACCGGUACUACUGGCACAGCAUCAAGCAGACAUUCGGGUUCGGUACCUCGAUAUCCGACGCCUUAUAAGAGGACGCUUCUGGUGCGGAAAGCACUGGAUUGAAUGGGGAUUUGGUGGCGAGUGGAUUAUUAACCGAUUUCCGUUUGUGUUCUACCUUCGAGAACUUCAUUUCCAUCCCUAGCUGUAAUUUCUGUUAAUUAUGAAGGCUCUUUUAAACCUCUUCUGUAAUGUUCUAUACCGAUUGAACUGAAGAGUCAACGGCUAGUUUAAAACAGCUACAGUAAAACCACAUUACAUACACAAAAACAUAUACAAUUCACGCUUCCGACAUUGAUUUACACAUUGAACUGCUGAGAUAAAUAAACGAAAAACUAGAAAAUGA